GAAUGCUGCCACCCUUCACAUAGUCCUGAAGCCAGAGAGUUGGAAACUACUCUGUUGUGCUUUUGUUUCCAGUUGACCAUUAGGUUCUCAUGGAGAACUCUUACUGAAGAGAGGUCCAUUUGGUGAGAUGUAAUUUAAUAAAGAGGGAAUCGAGAUAAGACCUCUAAAUGCAAGAACCAGAAAAAUCACAGCAUAUCUUGGUGAAGUUGCAAUUGAGCUCAUGGAAGACCACUGCUUUAUAUCUACAACCCAGGUGCAAAGAUUGUGUGGCGUUAAGUUUUACUGAUCAGGGUUCUCUUUCCUGUGUGUUUUCCAGGCAGUUAUAGGACUGUAAAAUGGGUCUCCGGAUUCAUUUUGUUGUUGACCCACAUGGUUGGUGCUGCAUGGGUUUGAUUGUCUUUGUCUGGUUGUACAAUAUUAUUUUAAUUCCCAAAAUUGUCCUCUUUCCACACUAUGAAGAAGGGCAUAUUCCUGGCAUACUAAUAAUAAUAUUCUACGGCAUUGCCAUAUUUUGUCUGAUUGCCUUAGUGAGGGCCUCAAUAACUGAUCCAGGAAGACUCCCCGAGAACCCCAAGAUCCCACAUGGAGAAAGGGAGCUCUGGGAAUUGUGCAGCAAGUGUAACCUGAUGAGGCCAAAGCGCUCCCACCAUUGCAGCCGCUGUGGCCACUGCGUCAGGAGGAUGGACCACCACUGCCCCUGGAUUAACAAUUGUGUUGGUGAAGAUAAUCAUUGGCUUUUUCUGCAGUUGUGUUUCUACACUGAACUUCUUACUUGCUACGCACUGAUGUUUUCUUUCUGCCAUUAUUAUUAUUUUCUUCCACUAAAAAAGCAUAAUUUGGACCUCUUCGUUUUUCGACACGAAUUGGCCAUUAUGAGGCUUGCUGCCUUUAUGGGCAUUACCAUGUUAGUUGGAAUAACUGGACUCUUUUAUACACAACUAAUUGGCAUCAUCACUGAUACAACAUCUAUUGAAAAGAUGUCAAACUGCUGCGAGGAAAUAUCGAGGCCCCGAAAGCCGUGGCAGCAGACCUUCUCAGAAGUUUUUGGCACUCGUUGGAAGAUCCUGUGGUUCAUUCCUUUCAGGCAGAGGCAGCCACUGCGAGUUCCCUACCACUUUGCCAAUCAUGUCUAAACAGAUGGGUGGCGGGCACAGAUGGGUCCUCCAUGCUGGAAAUGCGUUACAGGUUUCUGAUAAUAGAACUAUGACAGUCUUCAAGUCAAUUAAAAUGCACCCACCAAUCUAGGCAUCAUAACGUGCCCCAGGCUUCAUUUUAAUAGUGAUCUUGAUCCUGUUGUGGGACUAACCCAAGAUCUAGAUUUAAGUUUUAAAGCAUGUUUACCUUCAAAUUAGCUUUCCACAGGGAUUUCUUUAAAUGCUUUUGUUGUUAAACUCAAAGGCAAUGAUUGGAAGAAAUAAUUGUACAUAAAUUUCUUUUAGUACUGACUGUUACAGAUUUUAAUCUGUGGAGAUUUUCAGAUGUUUAUUUAAAUUUUCACUUUUAAGCAGUACUAACCAAAUCUGAGUUUAAUUCUGCAGGUUUUAUAAAACUUGAUAUACCUUCUUAUGUGUAAUUUUGUUUCAAAUACAAAUUAAAAUGCUUAAUACUUUUUUAUAUGUGCUGCAAGAUUUUUUUAAAUGCAGCUUAAGAAUGAAUAAUAACAAAGGGCAGUGUUUUCUUAGGAGCAGCUUUCUAAUGUUUUCUCUCUUCACCAAAACGAAAAUUAAAAAAAAGAAAAUUGCUGAAGGAAAGUACCAACUACCUGUCUUAUUAUGAAGAAAAGAUUAAUUCUUUCAACAUUAAUUUUUCCUUUUGUUGUUGUAAUUAUUGAUUGCUAGUAGAAUAUUUGCUGCCAGAAGGUUGUGACCAGUGGUCAUAUUUUCCUAUUUUACCUUAAGAACUUAAUGAACAAAAAUGGUAGAAAAUCUACAGUAAUUUCAUUUACUUUUUCUAGUGUAAUAUGUUAGAAUGGGUACAUUUUUAAAGUACUAUAUAAUUAGAUAAUAUAUAAUGUACAGUACAAAGAGGAGGACUGUUGUGCUUUUAAAUAAAUACAUACUUUUUACUUGUAUUUAUCUACUAGAAGGCGUAAAAUUACACAUUGAAGAUUUAGAUAGAUUGGUAUCAGGCAACUCAUAUUGAAAUUUUAUUUGCUAGUAACUAGUAAGUAGCUCACAAUUAGCAAGUUAUUAGUAAGGGUGACUAGGUUUUAUGUACUGGUAAUCACCUAAAUUAAAGUUAAAUUUCCACUGGCCAAGUACAAGUUGUGUUGCUCUACAGACCUUCUAUUAGUAAGUAAUGUUAGGAAAUGAUUGUGCAGUAAUGAAAUAAUAAUGAUCUAUAUUAUUAGCCUUAUACAAAUUUAAAUUGCCAAUACUAAUGAUCUCUUGGAAAGCAAAGAACAUUUGUGAGAACAAAUAUUUAAUAUGCUGUGAAAAAAAAAUGUAGCUUUUAGUUUUUCCAUUAGAAUACUGCAAAAUCCAUGUUUUUUAAAACAUUGUGUACUUACACUUUUCCCUUAAGAGAAGACUAGAAGAGUCUGCUGUUCUAAGACCAUAUUAAUACUUUCAAUUUUGAAAGUAAGAGAUCAUACGUGGGAUACAGUGAAACAGAAGGCUACCAUUGUUAGCCAGUUGGCUAUACUAUGGCUGAUUCUUUCAGAAAUUGUAAAUACCUCCUAAAAUAUUCUGAAAUAAUAGAAUAAGCUCUUUUAGAGAUAUUAAUAUCAUGUUUUUCAUGUUUUAAUUACGUGUUAUGGCUUAAAAAGUUAGACGUAGCAGAUGAAAGUAUUUAUUGGUGCUGAUAAAAUGUAUAUAGUAAAUUUAAUAUAAACAUAUAAAGAUUAAUGAAUCAUAAAAUUAGACACAUUGAUUGGAUCUUGUGAAAGCUAAUUAGCCAAAUUUGGUGGCAGCAGAACUAGCACAAGGAACUAAAUUGUGUAUAAUAUGGGUAGGUGUCAGUUGAAUGCCUUAUGUUGCACACAUUCCCUUUGUAUGAGAACCUGGAGAAGACAGCUGAACCAGGGGAAGCCCUGAGGACUUGAUGAACAUGCUCUUGUGGUGGCAGUGCUAUGGUGCAGCAGCAGGGGAGGUCUCUUUCCUAUCCUCAGGGUUUGUGCUUUUGGUGUUCUUAGAUUUACCCCUUCUGGGACAUGUCUCCUUAUGUUCCCUGGUCCUGUUCCCUCUGUAUCCUGUUCCUCUAAGUAUGGAGCUGUAGACUGUUGUGCUAGAUAAGCAUGUGCUAAUUUAUUGUGAGUAGUGAAAAUGCUACUUACCACUAUAUUUACAUAAAAAUCUGUAUUGAUGUACAUUUAGACAGACAUAUGCUGUAACUUGCAUUGUUCUCAAGUUAGCACCCUUCAUCCUACUGUGGGAUUUAUAAUUCUUGUUGGACUGCUAGGGAGAAGCCAAUUGGCAGUUCCUGGGGAUUGCAGACUCUGGCGUUCUUUCUGCGCCCUCUGUUGGCUAAUUGAUGUAAUGGUAUUGGCUCUAGAAGCUCCCAGCCCCCAAAGUAAAUUUUACACAGAUUUUGAACAUGUCAGAGGUACAUAUUUCAGAAAAGUAUAUGUAUAAAAAUUCAGAAUUUUAUUAAAUGAAUGUUACUACCUAUGAUGUUAUCUCUAACCUAUAGGAAUGUGUUGACUGCUUCAUUUAUGUACAUUCUUCCUAGCAAUACAAUUUCGUAUCAGAUCAGGAUAAACUAGGCAUCUUGUAUUUUAUGUUAAACCUUAUUUUGGCAAACUAAUUCCUUAGAUAGGCUCUCUAAAAUUUGUAGUUUAUUACAGGACACAAAAAUUUGUUAGUUAUAUGGCAACUAUAUAUGUAGUGUGAUUCACUGAGUAUAUAAAAAUGCAUUUAGUUUUUUCUGUCUCGAUUUUGGAAUUCUUUUUUUACUGGCUUUACUAUCUUAAAUCAAUGAAUAAGAGAUUAAUAGUCUUCCUAUGUGCACCUCCCCAGAGUUACCCACAUACCCUCAGUAGCCAGUGUGACACGUGUCCCUUGUAUCUGCGCAGAAAGCACCGGUGUCAACAUGAGAAAAUAAAUAUGAGCAGCCAGGUUAUGGAUAUAGUCUGAUGCUGGCCACUGGAUAUCUUUAUAAACAUUCUAUUUAAUUUUUGCAAGAUGUUUAAAAGGUGUUUUUACAUGAGCAAAGUGAUUUAUUGACUUUUGGAGAUGAAAUUGUUUUUUACCAGGAUACAGUUACAUCUGUUAAACAGUCAUAUCUCUUGCUUUCUAGAGAGAAAUGUUUGGGGGUUCAGUAUAGGCCGAAUAUUGUCAAGAUAGAGUGGAUUGAGAAUCCCCCCAAGCAGUGGGCAUUCAAUUGAAGGGUUCUCUGUACUUUGUAACCUGGAUUUAAAGUUUAAAAAUACUGACCUAAUAUUUCAUUAUAUGAAAAUACUGUAUUAUUUUGCUUAAAAGUUGUAAUUAAAAUAUUUGUGGUUGACCCACAGAUAGCCACUUAAAAUUGAGGCUAACAUACUAACCUCUUUCUCAGAAGAAAACAUAUUACUUUUAAUGGCCUUGAAUGUAGCUGUGUAGAAGAACGUAGGAGAAUGUCAUUGUACUCAAAAGCAUCAUAACAACUGAGCUAAAACUUGUUAGAAUUAGUAUAUUUUUACUAAUGUAUAGAAGUCUUUUUUUUUUUUUUCCUAAGGAUGGUAGCUAAUUCUACCUGUUCUUUCUUUGACUUCCAAGUCCCCUCCACACAAGUAACUAGUUGAGGAGACAUUUUGUUCAAAAGGUAUAUUAAUUCUGAAUAAGAAUCAAAAAGAAUUAGGAAACACUCAUGAACAGGAAGUGUCUGCUAAUUUAGAUUAUGGUCACACAAUUUCCUGUGUGUUUUGGGACAUUUUGAGUUCUCAUGUGUAUUGCUGUAAAAUCACAAUGUGUCUAGUUGUGGCUUAAUAUGACAUUAAUAUUCAUUAACAGAGAUGAUAGUUUCUGUUUGGGCUUUUUCUAGUCUCUUGCUACUUCUCUUAGGCUUCAUGUGUCAUUAGACUAAAUAGUAGCUCAAGUUUACUAUAGUUACUUCAUUAAGUUUUUUAUGUGACCUUUAAUGAUAUACAUAGAUUAUAUCUAGAAUUUAUUUAGUGAAGUUUACACUUACAAACAUAAAGUAGUUUACUGAUAAGUGUAAGUAUUAAAUUUUCAUCUAGUUCUACUAUUGCUUUUAUAAAUAUAAGUAUUAACAAAUAUAGUUAGUAAGUCAUGUAUUUAGUACGUUCUACUUGGUAGUAUUAUUAACCAUGUAAUUAAGGAAUGAACAUAUUUAAUGUCCACAUUUUUUGCCUUCUGUAUUAGAAAUUAUCUUCUGAGUUUAUCUAUAAAUCAAAAAUUUCAGAAUGCUCUAUAUUUAGCUAUUCUUAUUUGAAUUUUGAAGUAUUAUACAGUAGAAUUGUGAAAGUAGAGAAAUUAACUUGUUUGAAGUAUUUUGAACAAGUACCAUUACUUACUCUUACCAAGAUUUAACAUUCUGCUAUUGUGGGGAUGAUGGCUUAACUUCAGGAGAAUGACUUCUCUGACUUCUUUCAUUAUCAUUUGCAUUUUUUAACAACAAAAUUCAUUACAUUUUUGUCUUUUAUUGAGAUGUUGCAGUAUUGCAUGCUACUAAUUUGAAUGAAACAGAUCACAUUUUAAAAUUCUUAAGUCACUGAUUUUACUGGCCUUUUUCAUUAUCAUAAGUUUUACUCUGUCAUAUCCUUUACCCCUUGUUACCACAUAGGAUAGGUACCAAUGAGUAGGAAGUAGCCAGAAAACUGUAUAAAGGGAAUAGGGCAGCUUACUGAGCUGGAGAAAGGGCUGGAUGAGGGUGGGUUUCCGCGCUGCGGUUGGAGAGUGUUUCUGUCACCUCAGAGAGUCUCCGUGCUGUCAUCAUUUUAGCCUGGUGUCUUACUGAUGCCAUUUUACUCCUAAGAGUUGUUACACAUGUAAGCAUUUAGUUGUAUUAAUUAAUCUAAAGAGUUUACAUUGCUCUUUCUAUUUAACUGGUCCAGUACCUUGAGAAGUUGUUUUUAAAUUUUAAAUAAGUAAUUGUGCAGUGUAUGUUAGUGUGCAGUAUUAAAAGUAUGGAAAGUGCUGCUGUCUAAUACAGAAGAGAAAUGAGUAGAUUGCUCGAAGUUUGAAGGAACUGAGACCUUUUCUGCAGGUCUCUGUGGCAAAGACAUGAUCCUAAUUGUUACAGAAAAGUUUGUGGUCAGAAGAAACAAUCCACAACUUAAAUGUCAAAGGUCAUCUCCACUUUAACAUUUGGGAUCUUUUGGAGUUGAUACUUAAAGGGUCUUCUUGCUAGUAUUUUGGGUUCCCUGUAGCAUGUAGUGUAGUGUAGUGCUUACCAUGUUUUUUCGGCACUUUGUUCCUUUUGAUAUCGAUAGCUUUAUAAUACAUAAACCAAGAUAUGGACAAAACAGUGAAAAAGGUGUGUUUCUUUCUGUGGCUUUGCUCAUCUGUUUGACUUAGUACAGAGUUGGUUUGUAGACUGCAAAAUAAAGGGAGCGCUUGUCUACCUAUGUGCUGCACACCCUGUGUUCUUGCCAGUGUGCAUUAGUGAUACCCUAACCUACUGGUGCCUGAAGUUAUGCUUUACAGCGCCAGCCACUGAAACAUCCUGGUGCUAUUAUCUGUGGUAGCAUUGAGUGACAUUUUAAUUCCUGUACCAAAGAGUUGAUUUUCUUCUUGGUAGACUAAAAGUUUUCUGUCUCACAUCUUCGUGUUUAUAAAGCAUAAAUGAAUGGUAUUAAGAAGAAUUUUUUUACCAGCUCUUCUCUUUGCAACUGCUGCUUCAGUUUAAUUUAAGUGUCGCGUUUAGGAACCACUGCACCCAGCCUACAGUUAGGCAGAUUUGUAAGGCUUUUAAUUUUAUAUUUUAAUGCUGCUUGGUGACUUUAAAAGGUAGUUUAAUAGGUGGUAGCGACUAAAGAUAACUGAAGCAAUUUCCAUAAGUUGUUUUUUGCCCUUAUUUAUGCAACAGUGAAUAAAAAGUAAUUUUCUGUAAAAAAAUGAUACAGCUUAUUGGGUACUUUCAUGAAUACUAAAAAUCCUACAUGAGAGGUGAAGAAUGGGUCCAUUUUUAUUAAAAAUAAAGUAUUUAACAUCUAUUUGUAUUAUCCCUAGUGGCAUUAAAGAGUGAUAUUGCUACUUUGUUCACUUUGCCAAUAAAAAUAACACUUUAAAAAAUGUUCCCAGCAGAAAAUGUAAAUGCACCUUCAUUUAAACGAAACUACGAAUAGAAAAUUGAACUUGAC